ACUCUCCGAGUUGCAUGACCAUUUCAUCAGUUGAUGACGUGUAAUCCAAAUACAGAUUCAGCAUAUCUUGCAUUUUACCAGCACUUAUAUAGGCCUAAACAGUAAGCAGAUGUGUUUGGUAGCGUGUUACUUGCAAAGUUGCAAGUAUGGCAAAGUCAGGAAGAUUUUAUUUACUUUAACGGCUGAUUUAAAGAUAUUAGUUAGUGGUAUGCUAGCUAAACUAUAAUAAUACGUGUAAUAGAUAUAUCGUGGAACUCUAACAGCCAGGCAGUAUAUGAAGUUAUAUCAAACAUGGAUAUCAACACUAUCUGUCUAUAUCAUAAUGACAAGUUGGCGUUCCAACAGCUGAGCAGAGAUAUCCAACAUGCAAAACUGAUUCCUCGGCCUUAUGUUUACCGUUUGGGAAUGGCAGUCUGUUCCUGUAGAAGAAAAAAACCAGAUAUAAAAGGACUUCUUCAAUCAUCAGAUCUGCAUAUUAUUAUUUCAUCGGUCCAAGAAAAGCUGCAUUCCAAUGAAGAACAAAAGUUUUUGAAGAACUUUUUAAAUUCUGAAGUUGUGAAAGGCAUUUCAACAGACAAUUACAGUCUGUGUAUGUUUUUGUAUGUACUUUAUCAGUCAUAUAAGAACAACACAUACAAUUUCCUUCAGGGUACAAGUCCUGCAGUGGACAGACCUAAAAAGGUUAAAGUAGAAAAAACAAACAAACAAAAAGUAAAGCAGAUGGUUGUGCAAAAAAGGAUGAAAACAUUGAAAUCAAAACAGGAGUGUAAAAUGAAAAUUUUCCCUGGGAACCUGUUGCGGUUGAAAGAUACAGAAGGUUUCAAAAAGCUGUUAUACCAGUAUAGAAAGGAUAUUGUAUUGAAAUUCAACAAAGAGGCUAAUGAAAGAACCUUUACUAGCAAAAUUGCAAUUACACAUGUGAUACUACACUAUAAAGAUGUGAAAAUGUUGGCGACAUUCCGAUCUAAGCUGUGGUCAGCAGCUGAAGAAAUACAAAAAGAAAUGGACAACAGACACAGUGAGCAGCGCAGGUCAUAUGGGCAGAGAAUAAUUUAUGACAAGGAGGUUUUGGACCAUACAGCUACAGCCUGUGCCGUGAAAGAAACUCGUCAGACUGAUUACAUCAAGAAGUUGAAGAAGAGAGGGUGGACCCCACAGACACCAUCUCCUUUGAUUGAUGGUCAGUGUUUCAACUGCCUGGGCACCUUUGAAGGAUUAAAAGAUGCUGCUCCCUGUCAACACCACCCCGGCUACCUCAAGAAUGAGGUUUGGACAUGUUGUGGUGAAAAAGCAAUGACAGCUAAACCUUGCCACAAGGACCAUCAGGAAACAGGUUGUGUUGUUGGCAUUCACAAUUGGAGACAAAGGAAAACCGGUGGUCGGAAGUUAGAUAGCUAUACAAGAUAUACUACUGCUGAAGAUUACAAACUAUCACGUGCAUGUGUUAAGCCAAACUUCCACGGCCAUCGUAUUCCAGGACAUCAUAUUCCAGGACAUCAUGUGGUAAAUCUGUGGGAUUACCAGUUAGGAAUCAAGAAUUAAAGUUAAUCAGAUCAGAUAGUAGAGAUAUUGGAAGAAACAGUAAAUUUUAAAUCUUCGGAGUUUAGUGAAAGAAGAAAGUACGAUUGAAAUGUCUUGUUGACAUCAAUGUUUUACUACAUCGGGUGUCCCCUAUGAAGACGUCUGUUAAGAAAGAGACAGAUGAUCUCACUGAAUGUGGUAUUACAUGGAAUAUA